CCGAAGAGGUAGAGGGAUGGCCUAGAGCUAGUCAACAGGGUAAGGAAGAAAUUUCCCUCCUUAAGGGCAAAGUCCUGCGCAUCCCCACCGAUCUAGAAAUAGAAAAUAAAAGCUUUAUUCUUAUAUGAUCCCAGAAUCCUCUAUCAACUAGAAAGGUGGGGAACAAACUCGGGAAAUAAGCCCAAUAAAUAAAUGACGAACGAAAGACACACCAGACCACGGGAGUUGUCAAAAUUCAACUUUCAUUUACUCGGGGUAGGGUAUCAGUCCAAAGAACCCCCAGCUCGGCCGCUCAGCCAGUGAUGCGCACGUCCGCGCGGCGCCGCAGCCGCCGGGCCCGGGCCGCCUCGGGCAGGAUGGCCUGCAGCUGCUCCUGCACCAGCAUCUCCACGAUCUGCUCCUUGGUGCGGAUGUCCGGCCGCAGCCACUGGCGGGACAGCUCCCGCAGCUGCCGGAAGGCUUCCCGAGGACCCGCCGCGUCCUGGUAGCGGAACUGCCGGAAGCGCUGGCGAAACGUCUCGGGGCCGGGUCGAGAGACUCCAGGCCGCGGGGCGGCUUCUGCCUGCAGCGCCGCGUCCAAAGCUGCCGGCGAGCCGGGGAGCACCAAGGCCGCGGAGCUCACGGAGUCGGGCUCGGGGUCCGCAGAGUCGCCGGCUCCUUCCUGCUGCUCGGGCGGCGCCGCGGGGCUCCGGGCGGCCUGGCUGGGCUCCGGCGCCGCCAUGACUACGGCUCUCGGCGUCACCCUUUGUCCCGCAGCUACGGGCUGGUUCUGCGUCUCCACCCGCGACGCUCCGCGGCGGCCGGAAAUGGGAGACUACGCGAGCCUCCGGAGCAGCCUGAAGCGCCAGAGCCCGGAAGCCGCGCCCACUAUUAGUUCCGUGAAGUUUGACUGGGGAAAGACCUUGUGGUACCCCGAUGUCAGCAGCUCUUCCAAGAGCUCAGAGAGCAGCUCUGAUGAGCACUUCGAGGACUACAAGGGGAAAGCGGAGGAGUCGGACCUAGAGUCGGAAUCGGAGUCGCAAUCCGAUUCGGAAGUGUAUUCCAAAUUGGAUUUGGAAGAGGAAGUAGAGGAGGAGGACGAUUGGAUAAAGGCGAUGACCCCGGCGAAGGGUCGCCGCGACUUGCAGACUGGGAAGUCAGUACCCCGAAAGGUAGAAAGCUGGAAGACUAUCAAACACCCAACUAAGGCGUCAAGAAAGCAAAUGAAGUGGACCUGGGAAGAAAUAAAAAAUCUCGGGCUGUACCAGCUCACCAUGAACAUAAUCUUAAUGAUUCGAGUAUGUAAGAUGUUCCGCCAAGGCCUCAGGGGAUUCCGGGAGUAUCAGAUCACUGAGCCUGUUCAAAGGAAGCAGCCUCUCUUCUCCUUUUGGGAUAAAAGGAAGCAGUGCCGGAUCACAUUUGAUACCAUGGACUUUGCUGCAGAGGAGGGUCACCUCCCUCCAAGGGCCAUUUAUAUCACACAGAAGCAGCCAUCCUGGAGGACGGAUCAGGAGAUCCAGGCCCUCUGCAAUGUUCUACAGGUUCUAGAUUGCUACCGCAACUAUGCAGAGGCCCUGCAGCUGCUCCUGGCCAAGGUCAUGCGCUUUGAAAGGUUUGGCCGCAGGCGUGUGAUCGUCAAGAAGGGGCAGAGAGGCAAUAGUUUUUAUUUCAUCUAUCUGGGCACGGUUGCCGUGACCGAGGAUGAAGAUGGGAGCAGUGCCUUCCUGGACCCUCACCCAACGCUGCUGCGCAAGGGUGGCUGUUUUGGGGAAAUGGGCCUUCUGAGCACUUCAGUAAGGAGAGCCACAGUGGUCUGCAUGGAGGAAACAGAGUUCCUGGUUGUCGACCGGGAGGAUUUCCUUGCAAAUAAGCUGGACGAUGAAGUCCAGAAGGAAACUCGCUAUCGGUACAAUUUUUUUAGGAAGUUGGACCUGUUCCAGUCUUGGUCUGAUGAGAAACUCUGGCAGAUAGUAGCUUUGGGAAGGCUGGAGAAGUUCUCACAUGGACAGCUGGUGAUAAAAGACUUUGUGGAUUCGUCCUUUGUCACAUUUAUCUGCAAGGGCAGCUGUGAGAUCCUGCGCAUGUUAGACCUGGGGUCCUCCAGUUCCUAUUACAAGUGGGUCUGGCAGCAGCUGGAGCUGUUGGACCACAAACCUCUGGGAGUUCACCGCAACGUGAUGUCUCCUAUGGAGAGAUUUAAGGAAUUCCAGAUCAAAUCGUAUCCUAUACAAGACUUCAGCUAUUUGAAACUUCUGCGUCUCCAGGAAGUCAGAGAGCAAAAGGGAAUAGCUGUUCACGAGAAGCUCAACACAAGAGAAAAUAGUCUCCCAAAGCUGCUGGGCCCAAAGGUCAAAUCCAAGUUUGGUCAUCCAAUCAAAUGUACCAUGGUCAAAACCAAGUUUGGUGAACUCCCCAAGGAGGCUGCAGUGGGGAUAUACAUGAAGGUCCACACUCUGAAGGAAGGAGAUAUUGUGGGCACUCACCAGGCCUUUCUUCCGGAAUGCCUGCGUGAUCUUCGACCCUUCAUCCUUUUGAGCAUGGGAACAGAGUUGAUACGGGUGAGAAAAGAAAAGUUUUUUGAGUUGAUUGAUGAGGAGACGAAAGAAAAGAUGAUAAAGAUGGACGUGGAUUAUCCCAGCGAUGAAGAGCUGUGUCAGAGGUUCCUGAAGGAAAACAGCUGGAAUAUCUUCCGGAAGGAUCUGCUGCGGCUGCUGGUGAAGCCCCUCAAUAAGCAACCUUUCACCCCGAUCCAGACCAAGAGGAAAGAGAUCUACAACCCUAAGUCUUUGACCCUGGAUUUGUGUCACCUCAACAAGAGGGUGAAGCCACGCUAUCCUGUGUUUAUGGCACCCCAGAAAUACCUAUCCCCCUUAAAGAUUGUCCAAGCUGUUUCAGCACCCCGGCACAAAAUUCAAGAACUCCUGCCUCAAUAUAAAAAUGCAGGGGUCCUUCUUUAG